AUGGCAACAACACUAAAGAGCAGUUCAAAGCCUGAAAGAGCCAUAACGAAGGGGAGGGAUGAAAUUUUUGGCCAGUAUAUCGAAAGUCACGAAGCUGUUGAUGGAUAUAAAAUCUGUAAAGUCAGAAGAGUGGACAAACAAUAA